AAAUGGAAAAUACUAUAGAACAAAAUAUCGACACAGUUAUCUUUUCGCUUUUCGAAAUAAAGAAAAAAAUAAAAGACAAACCUAAAGAAUCUACUUGUUACGAUUGUGAAAAACUAAAAGAAAAUUGUAGAAGUGCUUUUAAAAAAUAUAACAAAGGUUUAUCACUUGUUGAAAAUAUUGUUAAGCUUCAAAAAGAAGUCAAAGAAACAAAUAGCGAAUAUUUUAAAUUAAACAAGAAAUAUAUUGCUCUAAAAGAGAAAUAUAAGCCAGCCAACGAUUAA